UAAGUAAGUACGACGUAAAAAUUGCAAAUUAUAUCCUCAGAAUAAAAUCCAGGAAGUAUCUUCCUACAUGUUCGGGAGAAAACAAAUGCAAUUAUAGGAAGCAAAUUAAAUACGUCGAUUUAUUAGGAUGAGGUGUCACGUAACCAGGCUUAGUAGGUCACGUAAGGGUUCUAAUCUAAAGCGGCACUGCAGUUCCAUGGCUUCUCUGGUGUCUGGCUUCGAUUUGAGUCGCCGCCGCCAUGGCGGCAGGGUUCCUGCUCUGCUUAGCCUGGUAUUACACUAUAGUUUCUGGUUUUUUUGUACUAUAUUGUCCUGUUAUGUAUCUCAUGUUUAUUAAUCACAAACUGUAUAGAAAUGUAGUCGACGCGCUUUUCGCUCUUUGGGAAUUAUAUCCAGUGGCAUUAUUCCAAUGUUUAUGCUCAACCCAACUCCAUCAUUUCGGCGACUACGUAAACGCUGACGAGAAAACAAUAAUUGUGAUGAACCAUCGAACGAGAGUAGAUUGGAACUAUGUUUGGAUUGGAUUGUACCACGCAACACAGGAUCCUUUAGCUGAUAUAUGUAUUUGUAAAGAAGAUGCAAGAGACGCAAAUAAAUCUACCCCGAAUAGUAUACUAGAUAUAGGAGGGAAAUCAAAAAUUAAGUUUGUUUUAAAAGAUGAAUUAAAGACCGUUCCUGCUAUGGGGUGGAUAAUGCAGUUAAAUUAUUUCCUUUACGUAAAGAGGAACUGGCAAGAAGAUCAGUUAAAUAUGAGCCAAUUUGUAGAUUAUUACAAGAAACUUAAUUACGACUGCAGAAUUGUUUUAUUUCCUGAAGGUACCGAUUUAAGUGCGGAUAAUAAACGUCGUAGCGCGAAGUUCGCUCUUGCUCAUAACUUGCCUCAAUACGAUUUUGUCCUGCACCCACGUACCACAGGCUGGGUAGUGUUGUGCGCUCGCCUUAGAGAGAUUGGGCUGACGUCAGUGUACGAUGUAUCCAUAGCUUAUGACAACCCAGCACAGACCGAGCUUGACUUGCUCCGAGGAAACAUACCUUCGAACGUUUAUUUCCACGUUAAACGUUACAAUAUCAAUCAAAUACCAAUAGAAGAAGACGCAUCAAGAAGAUGGCUGAAUGAUCGUUGGCAAGAGAAGGAAAUGAAUUUGCGCAAGUUCCACAAUGAGGGUAAUUUUGUGGACCCGUCAACAAAUAAACCACCUUUAUAUCGAACUCCAAGAUCUAUGAUGGUGGCUAAGAUAGGAUUCAUAUUUUGGACUAUAAUAGACAUUAUGUUUACAUAUUCCAUUUGUAAUAAUGUGUUGUUUCAAUUCUGGGUUGUAUACCAUACUCUACUUUUUGUAUUUGUGACAUGGAAAUUCGGAGGUUUCCAAAAUGUUCAGUAUAAACUAUUAGAAAAAGAUAUAGUUUAAUGUAAGAGUCGAUAUAUGAUUAUUGUAUUAAAAUUUGUUAAUGUUCUGUGAAUUCUCGAUGAUGCCAAAAACGUAAAUAAUAGUAAUCGUGUUAGUUCUAAUAUUGCUAGUUGAUACCUGUCGUUGUAAAAGUAGCUGUAAAAUGUAUUAGUAAAUAGUCGUUUCUAUA